CGGGGCUGGCCUAUCGCGUGCGGAGGAGCGGGAGCGGGGUGGGCUGGCACCUGCGCAGUGGGGCGGCGGCGAGGCGCACGCUGAGGCAGGAGCGGGUGCAGCGUGAGAGUCCGGCCUGCGAGCGUAGAGCGGGACCCCUCAGCUGUUGCCAGAAUGCCAGGACUAAGCUGUAGAUUCUAUCAGCAUAAGUUUCCAGAGGUGGAAGAUGUGGUGAUGGUCAAUGUUCGGUCCAUUGCUGAAAUGGGGGCCUAUGUCAGCCUGCUGGAGUACAACAACAUUGAAGGCAUGAUCCUUCUCAGUGAGCUAUCCAGAAGGCGUAUUCGUUCAAUAAACAAACUCAUCCGGAUCGGGAGGAAUGAAUGCGUUGUCGUCAUAAGAGUUGACAAAGAAAAAGGUUAUAUUGACUUGUCAAAAAGAAGAGUUUCUCCAGAGGAGGCAAUCAAAUGUGAAGACAAAUUCACGAAAUCAAAGACUGUUUACAGCAUUCUUCGUCAUGUUGCUGAAGUCUUGGAGUAUACAAAGGAUGAGCAACUUGAGAGUCUGUUCCAGAGAACUGCCUGGGUAUUUGAUGACAAGUACAAAAGACCAGGAUAUGGUGCUUAUGAUGCAUUCAAGCAUGCAGUCUCAGACCCUGCAAUCCUGGAUAGCCUAGACCUGACAGAGGAAGAGAGGCGUGUAUUGAUUGACAAUAUUAACAGACGUUUGACGCCACAAGCAGUCAAAAUCCGAGCUGAUAUUGAGGUUGCCUGUUAUGGUUAUGAAGGCAUAGAUGCAGUGAAAGAAGCUUUGAGAGCAGGCUUGAACUGUUCCACAGAGAACAUGCCUAUUAAAAUUAAUCUAAUAGCUCCUCCUCGUUAUGUGAUGACUACAACAACACUGGAGAGAACUGAAGGACUGUCUGUUCUAAAUCAAGCCAUGGCUGUAAUUAAAGAAAAAAUUGAGGAGAAGAGAGGAGUCUUUAAUGUGCAGAUGGAGCCUAAGGUGGUUACUGACACAGAUGAGACUGAACUUGCAAGGCAGCUGGAAAGACUGGAGAGGGAAAAUGCUGAAGUGGAUGGGGAUGAUGAUGCUGAGGAAAUGGAAGCCAAAACUGAAGAUUAAAUCUCCUGAGAGAUUUAGAAGAGAGACCAUACAAAAAAUUAAAGACCCCAUUGCAAAUGC